CUUUACUUGGACUGUAAAAAUUUCAAAAGAUAACUACAUUGAAGCAAAUAUGAGCCUCAAUGGUUCACCUGAAACAAAUGUCAACUGGUCUACUGUCAAACCAAAACCAGAAAAAAUCUACCAUGGAAGAGGUGUAAUGCCUUAUAUACCGGGAACAGAGGAAGCAAUGAAACCACACUAUACAAAUAUAAAUAACUUGAUUGAUGAAAAUAACACAAACCAGGUAAAUUUUGAAAAUAAUGCAAACCAGUUGAACGGAGAAAAUAACAUGCAUCAGUUUAAUGUGGAAAGUGGAUCCAACAUAAUGUACUAUCCACCUUAUGUAAAUCCAAGCCAACUGGAUUCAGGAUAUUUGUCUAAUCCAUUCAUUGACCAAUGCAAUUCAGAAACCUUGAUGCAUCAACAAUACUUUACAAACUCUUACCUUGGGCAGUGGAGUCCAAACAAUUUUCCAGAUCAGAAUUUUUAUGAGUGGUUUUCAGGAAACCUUUCAUACUCAAAUCAUUUCCAGUUCAAUUCAAAAGACUUUCCGAGUCUACAUCCUUAUCAAGAGAGUUCAAAAGAAUUUAUGAAUAUUCAAACAGAUCAAUUGAGUGCACCACAGUACAGAAAUCCUCAUUCUAUCCAAGGUGAUUCAGACAAUUUAAAAAAUUUUAAUCAAAGCCAAACUAGUCGGAAAAAUAGUAAGGAACCUAAGACCAACAAAAUGAAUCGGAGGAACAGUGUGAACCCUAAUCUUAUACAGAUACAGCCAGAAAAGACUCCAAAAAGUGAUGCAAGCUUGAAUCUUGAUCAGAAACCCAAAGACUGCAAAACUAAUCUAAAUCUUCUUGAAGAAAAUCAAACAAGUAAAACAAUCCCAGACCUUAAACAUCAGGGAAUAAGCAAUGGAGAUAACUUUAAUUGUGACCAAAUUACACCAAAAAACAAAGCAAGCCUAAAUAUUGAGCAAAGUGCUCCCAUAAGUAGAAAAAAACAAAAUAUUCAACAAAAGAGCGUUAGUCACAAAAUGGAACUUGAUCAAAAAAUUAAAAAUAAUGAAAAAAACAUUCCUUGUAACCAAGAAGUAUUACAGAAAAGUACCAGCAUAAACCAUAAUCAAUCAAAUACUUUAUCGCACUCAGGAGAGAGUAAAGUAAAUCACAAGUAUUCAAAUCAAAAAACGAUCACAAAUAAAUUGCCCUUAAGAAAAUUUGUAAGAACGCCGUUUUUGAGGCAAAAGGAAAUUGAUAAAUUGAAAGAGCAAGUAAAUGUUGUCGAAAAUGAAAACCUAGACUUACCAAAAAAUAUAUCUAAUGAAGUAUUCAAUAACUUUGAUGAAUCAAAUGCCAACGGAUUCAUUCCAACUUAUGAUUUUGAAUACCCUAACAUUAUAGCCAGUGUGAGAGAGGCUACUGGGGGCCGAAAUGUCCAAAGUAAUGAGGCUAUUGAAGAGCGUCAUAAACAGCGUCAGAAGGUUUAUAUUGAAAAACAAGAAGUUGACCAAAGUAGCAGCAAUGAGUCUUACAUUACAGCUUCAGACGAAUCAUUCAAGACUGCAUUUAGUUUCGAACAGUUUCAAGCGUUCCAAGAAUCACUUAAUGAGAAAAUACUCAAUGAAUCUAAUGUUGAUCGACAUAAAAAUAAUGCUCUAAUAUUAGGGCUAUUAAAAAAUACACAGGGCACUGAUGAUCCUGACUAUAUCGAUGAAAUAAGUGAAAGUGAUCGAGAUGAUUCGUGGACAGACGCUGUAGCUGAUGUUCACAGUGAGAGUAAUGUAGUCGAGAAUAUCGUAAAUGAUGUACAAAAUUUACAACUUGACAAUAUUCACAAUGAACUUGAUGAAGCUACUCUAAUGCGUGGUGAUAGACUGGGAAGAUUUUUAUUUCAGAGUGAAGAAGACGAAGAUGUUUAUGUACAUCCACUGAGAGAAAAAAUACAAAAGGAUCCGGAAUGGCAGAAAGUAACACUGCGACGUAAAGGUAUAGAAAGAAUUUUCAGUCCUCGGGAAUAUUAUUUAAAUCUUAAUGAUGAAGAUUUUGAUUUCCAAAUGCCACCAAAGUAG